AUGGUCUAUGUUGAUGAUAUCCUUCUUUCUGGAAAUAACUUGUCUGAAAUCACUACUGUCAAAGAUAAUCUCCACAGCAAGUUUCACAUUAAAAAUCUUGGAGAUCUCAAAUAUUUUCUAGGAUUCGAAAUUGCUAGAUCUCAAGCUGGAAUAUGUAUCAAUAAAAUAAAAUACUGUCUUGAAUUGAUUUCUAAAGCUGGUAUGUUAGGAUGUAAACCUGCUUCCACACCUGCUGAUCCUUCUGUCAAACUUCAUGCUGAUGACAGUAUCCCUCUCACAGAUCCUUCUUCUUACCAGCGUCUUAUUGAACGAUUACUCUAUCUCACUAAUAUGCGGUCUGACAUUGCUUUUGUCGUCCAACAACUUAGCCAAUUUAUUUAUACUCCUCGCCAACCUCAUAUGCAACAAGCCAUGAGGAUCAUUAGAUAUUUAAAGAAUGCUCCUGGUUCUGGUAUAUUAUAUGCUACUGAUAAUUCCUUUCGCAUUCAUGCAUACUCUGAUUCCGAUUGGGCUACUUGUGCUACCACUAGAAGAUCCAUCUCUGGUUUCUGUGUUUUUCUUGGAACUGCUCUUAUUUCUUGGAAGUCAAAGAAACAAACCACCGUUUCCAAAUCUUCUUCUAAAGCCGAAUACAGGUCCUUAGCUUCUAUAACUUGUGAACUGCAAUGGUUGCAAUAUCUUUUAAAAGAUCUGCAUAUACCAUGUCUGACUCCUUACUCAGUCUAUUAUGACAACAAUUCUGCUAUUCACAUUGCCAAGAAUCCCACCUUUCAUGAAAGAACCAAACAUAUAGACAUAGAUUUCCACAUUACUAGACAAAAGCUUCAUGAUGAUCUCAUCAAGCUUCUCCAUGUGUCUUCUACCAAUCAAGUUGCGGGUGUUUUCACCAAAUCUCUUUAUCCUUCUCCUUUUAACACUAUUACUUCCAAGCUAAACAUGCAUAAUAUCCAUGUUCAUCUUGAGGGAGGGUGA